UAAUAACUGAAGACGCAAGAGUUUAUCAAUUACUUUUAUUAAACAUUCUCCAGGAUUUGGGCGCAGGCCUGGUAAGGGUUCGGUGGGAGCGGCUGUGGCUGGUAGUGGGCGCGGCUCUGUAUCCAGGGGGCGUGGCCACUGCUUUAGUGAGAUCUGAAUGAAGUAUAUAACACACAGAUCUGCAGAGCACCGCUCAAUAAAGUCUGGAUCCUGCCCGAGCAUGAUGGGAAGUAAAAAAACUAACAGGAGGUUCUCUCUGGAGAGCUCAGGAUAUCAGCUGGAGACCGAAGCAAAGCCCAAGAACAGCUUGCUGAGAAGAUCUUCAGACAGCAGGAGCUUCCAAAAUCCAGACGAGAGUCACCUGGAGCUUCUGGAGCACAGCAUCUUACACAGAUCCAUGACCAUCGAGGAGGAGGGUCUGGACCAGCCCGAUGGAUCUGCUGUUCGUAAUAGCUUCAAGACCCACAACAAGACCUUCCACAAACUCUUCCCUGAGAUCCCAGAGACCGAGGAUCUGGAACACAGUGUUUAUGUUUCAGUGCACAGCUGCGGUCUGCAGAAGGAGGUGAUUUACCUCGGAAAGAUGUACCUGUCCAGUCAUCACAUCUGCUUCCACUCGUCUGUGCUGCUGAAGGACACCAAGGUGAUGAUCCACACGUCCAGAGUUCAGAGCAUAAAGAAGAAACACACCGCUAAGAUCGUUCCCAAUGCCAUCUCCGUCAUCACCACAGACACACACAAGUAUCUGUUCGUGUCGGUCCUGAAUCGAGAAGCUUGUUUCAGGCUGCUGCAGUCUCUCUGUCCACAGCUCAAGGUGGAGAGCAGGAAAUCCUCAACAGAAAACACUCCUGAUAUGGAGAUGGAAACAAUUUCCAGCCAGUCGAGUCUGGAGGAGAAUCACUCGAUUCGUUCGUCUCUUCAGCCAGAAGAACGGAGCAGUUUGACGCCUCACGGUGAAGACAGCAGAAAACAACACAACACAGGGGUCUCCUGGGUAACCAUGGUAACAGAGAAGGUCAGCUCCGCUCUGUCGUCCAAUGAGACGCGGAGCCUGGACAAACUGCUGCUCUUCUACGUGAUCCUCGUGAUUCUUCUUCUGCUGUCGUCGGGUUACAUCGGUCUGAGGAUCGUGGCUCUGGAGCAGCAGCUGAGCAGUCUGGGAUCCAUGCCGGAGUUCUCCUUGAACAAAGAGAACCGGGAGACAUGAAAAGAGCGUUUUAUUCUCUUCAGAGACACACAGAACAUUAAUGCUGGUCAGAUGAAGCCUGUGUGAAUCAGAGACCUCAUAAUGAUUUAUGAAUGCUGUAUAUCACAUUCUUCAUCUUUCUUUAUGUGUGUCAAUACUCAGAUUAUAAACACUGGUGUUUCCGAUCUGUCUUCAAGUAUUUCUGCUACGAAGCUCUUCCGCGCUUUGUCUGAUUACACUAUUAGAGAUGUUUAUAGUGUUUUGUAUCAUUUUCAUGUUUCGUAAUUAUAUGUGAAUAUUUAUUUUGAGCCGUGUGAAAACAAUAAAGUAUAUCUGUGAUGAG